UGCAUCCCACGAUCCUGUUGUGUGGUGUUUUACGGUAAUUCAUGGUCUUGUUGUUGUGCGCAAUGCUAGUAAUGCUUCUUCCAUCACAAAAAAAACUGAACACAGCGGCCUUACGUACCAGAGAAAUAAAAACAGAUAUACCGUGCUGGCUGUCGGGCUGAGACACGGGUAUUUAAUUCAUUAUAUUGAUGUUUUCGUAAAUGAUGGACGUCAUGAAUUCGGUUGAUUUUCAAACACAGUUAACAUCCAUAAUGGAAACGAUGGCGAAAACAGCUGUAGCUGAAAUAAGCAAACUGCUCGAGGAGAAUUGUUUGUUUUUGCGCUUAGAGAUAUCGCGAUGCACGCGUGAAAACGAAGCUCUGCUACAGAAAUGUCAGUUUUUGGAGAUUGAACUUCAAGCCACCCGGAAAAACGCCGUGAAGAUGGACAGUAACGUUACUGAAGCUUCGUUCACACAUUCAGAACUGACAGACACUGGACAUCAGUCUGUAGUUGACAGUGUGUUUGCUAAGGAAUGGUCCACGAACAUGUGGAGAGACGAGGAGUCGAAUGUUGGUCAACAUGACAAUGAACAUGUAGUCUCUUCAGUCAACACAACAGAGUCAGCAAAUUUGCUGCAUGAGAAACCAGACAUGGUCUUGAUUAAAGAGGAGAUCUUCGAAGAUUGCUAUGGGAGGAAUAAAACUGAAGAAGACCAAGGAAACCGUUUGAGAGAAAUGCUGGUUCAAGUGGAGUGUAAAGGAGACCCAAAAUGGAUCCGGAUCCCAGUGAAAAACGACUGCUAUGACUUCGACGAAUUCAUUAUGGAAGCCUCAACGAAGUUUAACCUGCCACCUGGAACCAGUGUGGUCCUAACGGACUCUGAAGGAUUUGAUGUUGAUGCUGAUGUUUUCGACGAAUUAGUGAGAACAACUAAUGUGUCUUUCAAAAUUCUGUAUAGUGAUAAAUCAGAUUAUAUUGUCCAAGAUGAGUCAGGGAUCUCUGUGUCCUCAUGCCCUGAGUUGUCCUCAUCAUCAGUGAAAUCAAAAUAUUCAGACUCUACAGCAAUUGCACAAUGUGUAAAGACACGCAAAAGACAGCUGGUAGAGGAACAUCCUGACUGUAAUGUGGCAAAAGAUCUGGUUUACGAAGCUCUGCACUCAAAACUAGGAGGAUUUGGUAUAUUGAAAGAGUAUGAGCAAACCAACACGCUGUCUGAUAAGACACGAAGAAAGUUGGUCAACAUCCUUGUGGCAGAUAUGGUAGAGAGUCAUGGGAGGAUCCCACCAGUUAAUAUUCGGAUAAGCUACGCUCUUGGAAUUAUUACUCUUUUCCCCCAUUUGAAGGAUAAGUGCUCACCAACCGGUUAUGAACAAUACUACGAUCCACGCAGUGGCCUGGGUUACCUUGCUUACCGAUUGAAAACUGUUCAGCGCAACUCUGGAAAUCACUGUAAGGUCGCAUCCAAGUUCGUUUAUCAAGAUGGUCCGAAGACUUUGCGUGAGAUAUCUUCAUCUGAGCAGUUGUCGGGUAAUGAAUGCACAGAAGCCAUAUCCUUCAUGAAGCGUUCUACGGACAUGACAGUUAUUAUGGAGAGAAUGAGAGCAACAUUCAAGUACAGACAGAAUGCGAUGCAUGAUCCAGAGAAGUCUUCAUCCAUCCUUGAUUACUUUCCUCGAUUCUUGGAUACACCAGGAUUGAUUGAUCAGGACUUUAAAAUGCUUUUUGGAGAUGACAUCUCAAGCAAGUUUGUUUCGAAUUGGCCAACAUUCUACAAGCCAAGGAUAAUAGCUAACUGCAGAAACUUGCCGUUUGGUGCACAUGUGGAUGAUCUUCUGUUUGGUCAACAGGAGUCUGAUUAUGGAUGGGACAGUGACGUGGCAGCUAUUCUCUUGCUCGUUCAACUGUUACCUCCAACAGUAAAAACGAGGAAGAUUGGGAAAGUCAGUACGGCUCAAGCCGCUGGUCGUGUUGUCAAGUUCCUGAAGGUGGGGAUGAACAUAAAUACGUUCCUCGAGCAAGUUGGAUCAACAAAGCCCUUCCUCCUCUGUGUCGGGGAAACAAGGAGCAGCAUUCAGAAGUUUUAUGUCAUCGUGGACCAGAAAGCGAUUCCCUGCAUGAUGAAGACAGCUUUUGCAGCUUUUGAUGAACUGUUUAAGGCACACUUUGUCUUUGCUGCAUCCUAUGAUGAGGCCUUGUACAACUUCUACACAUUUAUUCAAACAACCGUGUAUGGAAUAGAUGUGGGCACUGCCAAGGAGAGUCCGAGAGUCAAAGAAAUCAGAGUGAGAAUUCAGAACACUGAGCUUUGAAUGUAUUGCAGCUCCAAUGUUAGCCUGCCACGUUUGCAGGGUACACCAGAAGUUACGUUUUACUUCAACAGCUGAAGUUUCAUGGUUUGUACCCAGUGAGUUCCUUGCGAUUCAGAUGUGGCGAUAAUGAAUGUUCAUCAGUGUUGCUAUCGUAUUAGAGAGUGUGCCGCUAAAGAAUUUAAUACUAAGUUGGAAUGUGUUUCCCCUGAUUUCUUUGAACCAGUCAGGCUAAAUGUGUUUUCAUGUUCAUGUAUUUCUCUAUUGAGGAGGUGUCUAAUAUUUCAAUUUUAUUUGUGUGGAUGAUUUCAUGUUUCAUAUGAUUGUGAACGUACAUCUUUCCGUACUAAAUGUUUAUUUUCGAUUGCAUAAUUGUUUAAAUUAAUGCAGUAAAGUGAUGUUUGAAUAUGUUAAAUAUGGUGCACCUCAAUUAAACAAGAUUUUGCAGA